GAUGAGUGAAGGGAGAUGCUUUGGGUGGGAACGUCCAGUGCCUGGAGGGCCCUCUGCUGUGGAAGCAGGGUCACUCUUGCCCAUGCGGUCUUGGCAGCUGCCAUGCCUGAACCGGAACACAGCCAGACUCCUGCUGCCACACUGAAGCUUCCUCCUUUACUACUACCACCCUCCACACCGCCCGCCCCAUCCACAUUCCUUCUUCCAAUCAAAGAGCCAGGACCGAGUUCUGACUAUUACUCAAUCUCCAAGAGUCAGUGCUAUGGGCAGAGCCUGAUGGAUUUGAGUCUUGCCUUUCUGCUAUUCAAGAACAAGACAAGAUCUUGCACAAGGAGUCUGCUUUCUGCAGACAAGAGUGCCAUGGAGGUUCUCUGGCUGUUCACCUUAAUCUCUGCUGCAGAGUUGUCAAAAGCCCACAACACCACAGUGCUCCAGGGCACGGCGGGCCAGUCCCUGCAAGUCUUGUGCCCCUACAAUUCCUUGAAGCACUGGGGGCGGCGCAAAGCCUGGUGCCGCCAGCUGGGUGAGGAGGGCUCCUGCCAGCGGGUGGUGAGUACCCACCACUCAUGGCUGCUGUCCUUCCUGAAGAGGCGGAACGGCAGCACGGCCAUCGUGGACGACACCCUGGGUGGCACACUCACCGUCACACUGCGCGAUCUUCAAGCCCAGGACUCGGGUCUCUAUCAGUGUCAGAGUCUCCAUGGCCAGGAGGCCGACACCCUCAGGACGGUCCUAGUGGCAGUCAUGGCCAACCCUACUGAUCACCAGGAGCCUGGAAAUAUCUGGAGUGAAGAGGAGUCCGAGAGCUCGGGUGGCCCCCAGGUGGAGCACAGUAUCUCUAGGAACCUCUCUGAGAUCACAUUCCCACACUCCUCUGUCCUCCUCCUCCUGGCCUGCAUCUUUCUAAGCAAACUUCUCAUCGCUGGCGCACUCUGGGCUGCAGCCCGGAGUGUACAGAGACCGAAGACAAGCACCCCUGGCAAGCUGGACUCUGGCCGUGAGCUGGGGCUCCAGCUCCAAGCUCUGACAGUGAGGGGAGACACAUGAGAGGAAAGGACCCGGCCUGGGAGGAGAGACCAGGAAGCGCCUUCAGGUGUCGCCCGUCCUGCACCUUCAUCCGUCAGUCUUCGAAGUGCCUGGCUGUGCUUUGGAAAAUGAUCCACUCUGCCAGUACUGCUGCUGAGAGCAUGCGUAUGUGCCAGCCUUGAAGUGUGAAGGGUGUCUAUGAAUGUGUGGGCCCUAAUAUUGUACACUCACAAAUAAAUCCAAGACUUCG